UUAGUUGGCCUUAAGCAAACUUUAGUUUGCAGACCACUGGCCAAUCGACAGAAAGGCUCCUUUGUGCGCUGGAGGCCGUGACGUCAAAAGGCCUCUAUAAAGACAUAAAUUCAUAGUUUAAUCCGGAACAACGCCGAGGUGGGAGAACGAGUCUUGAUGUCCUCCUCUUGUUUCUUAACGUGCAUAGCUAAUGAGGCUUCUUCCCAGGAUAAAUAAAGCAGCUCCAACGUCAGCGGCCGUCAGAUUUGGGCCGGCCGGAGCCUGACGGACGUUCAGCGUGACGGGAUUAAAACCUUUUUCUGUUCUCUCUGUUCUAAUUUGCAAUCACAAAAUGCUGGAGAUGCUUGAAUACAGCCACUAUCAGGUGCAGUCCCACCUGGAAAGUCCGAACAAGUACCACAUUCAGCCGGCUCAGAGGCAGCAGGUGAGGCAGUACCUGUCCUCCAGUCUGGGCGGGAAAGCCGGCAGCCAGCCACCCGAGCACAGCAUGCCGCCCGGGGCCACCGGCAGCGCCCCCAACAGUCCUAUGGCCCUGCUCACCCUGGGCACCAACUGCGAAAAAGAAAUGGACGACGUCAUUGACGACAUCAUCAGCCUGGAGUCGAGUUACAACGAGGACGUCCUGGGACUGAUGGACCCCGCUCUGCAAAUCAACAACCAGCUGCCAGUGUCUGGUAGUUUGCUGGACGUGUACAACAACCCGGGGCUUCCCCUGCCGGGCAUCGCCAUCGGCAACGCAUGCGCACCCAACAUCAAAAGGGAAUUCACAGCUCCCGGCAUGAAGCAAGUUCUGGACAAGUCAGGAUCCUGUGGCCAGUUUGAAAGCUAUCAGAGGUCAGACGGCUUUCCAGUAGAGGCUGAAGUUCGCGCUCUGGCUAAAGAGAGACAAAAGAAGGACAAUCACAACCUGAUCGAGCGAAGACGGAGGUUCAACAUCAACGAUCGCAUCAAAGAGCUGGGAACCUUAAUACCCAAGUCGAAUGACCCAGACAUGCGCUGGAAUAAGGGUACCAUUCUGAAGGCCUCCGUGGAUUACAUCAGGAAGCUGCAGCGGGAGCAGGAGAGGGCCAAGGAGCUGGACUACAAGCAGAGGAAGCUGGAGCACGCCAACCGCCACCUGAUGCUGCGCAUACAGGAGCUGGAGAUCCAGGCUCGGGCUCACGGCCUGACCGUCGUGUCGUCCCCGUCGCUCUGCACGUCCGAGCUGAUGGCGCGGGCCAUCAAGCAGGAGCCCGUCCUCGGGGACUGUCCGUCCGAGCUCUACCAGCACAGCUGCACCCCGGACAUGUCCCCUCCGACCACGCUGGACCUCAACAACGGCACCAUCACCUUCGACCACAUGCCCUCUGACGCUGGUGACUCGGCCCACUACGGGAGCUCCAGGACGUGUAAAAUGAAGGAGCUGGUCAGGGACAACAGCCUGGGACCGGUUUCCCCCAGCGACCCGCUGCUGUCCUCCAUGUCGCCCGACGUUUCCAACCCCGUCAGCGGGCGCCACAGCUCCAGCUCCAGCUCCAGCAUGGAGGAGAAAGACCAUGGAUGUUAGCCCCACGCCACGACCAGCAUCUGAACAGGCGAAGGAACUCAGAGAUCGUUUUCUUUUCAAAGAAAAUUUUUAAA